AAUUAUAUUUUGGGGGGCUGAUACCCUGUACUAAAUAAAAAUUGGUCGGUACGUAGCUCUCGUGUGGUAUAUAUGUUUGGCAGACGAUUGCUCGCACAUAUUUUGUUGAUUAGAAAUGAGUCAAAAUUUCUUUCGGAGUAAUGUCUUUCAAUUGAAGAAUGAUUUCUCAUAACGGACGUGAUCCAAAGAAUGAGAGUAUAUUCCGAUCGUUCACAGGCCAUAUCAAAAAGCUGUGCUGCUGUUGCCGCAUUCCAAAAAGGGAAAAACGAUAUAGAACGCAAACUACUGUGUCUUAUGUCAAAAGUUCCUUCAACAAUGUUGAUACGAUACCUUCACUGGAAAACGAUGCUUUGGCAGACCAAAUUAUACAAAAAUCGAUAGUUGAGCUCCCUCGUGCGAUCUCAUAUCCGAACUUACCUGGCUGCAUGGUUGAUGAUAAAAUCAGGAGUGUAGUUCCAAAUAACAAUAUUGGCACCACAUUCAACAAAUCCCAAACUUCAGUGAAAAAUGAUGAAUGCGGCGCUAUCAAAAAACUUUCUGAUGAAAUACUCUCCCCCAAGGAUGUUCUCAUUUCUUUUCCUGCCAAAAUUGAUUUGCCUCCACAGUACGACGACGAUGUUUCAUUUGAAGACGAUGAUAUCCCUAGUCUUCUGUCAGAAAAGGGCAAUUCUGCUUUGGAUUAUGAAGACAAGGAUGGCACCACAUCAAACAAAUACAUAACUCCAGUGAAAAAUGUUGAAUGCGACGUCAUCAGAAAAGUUCGUACAACAUUCGAAAACGAUGAUGUCCUUAGUCUUCCGUCAGAAAAUGUCAAUUCUGCAUUGGACGGUGAAGACGAGGACGAAGAUGAUGGUACAUUUGAUGACGAUGAUGUCCUUGGUCUUCUGUCAGAAAAGAACAACUCUGCUUUAGAUUGUGGAGACAAGGAUGGCACCACAUCAAAUAAAUACCUAACUCCAGUGAAAAAUGUUGAAUGCGACGCUAUCAGAAAAGUUCGUUCAACAUUUGAAAGCGAAUAUAUCUCUAGUUUAUUAUCAGAAAAUGUGAAUUCUGCAUUGUGCGGUAAAGACAAGGGCGAAGAAGAUGUUUCAUUUGGAAGCGAUGAUAUCCUUAGUCUUCUCUCACAAAAGAUCAAUUCUGCAUUGGACGGUGAAGACAAGGACGAAGACGAUGUUACAUUUGAAAACGAUGAUAUACUCAGUCUUCUGUCGGAAAAGGCAAAUUCUGGUUUGAACGGCGAAGACAAGGACGAAGAGGAUGUUACAUUUGAAGACGAUGAUAUCCUUCGUCUUCUGUCGGAAAAGGCAAAUGCUGCUUCAAGCGGCGAAGACAAGCACGAAGAGGAUGUUACAUUUGAAGACGAUGAUAUACUCAGUCUUCUGUCGGAAAAGGCAAAUUCUGCUUUGAACGUCGAAGACAAGGAUGGCAUCACAUUAAAGAAAUACCAAAUUCCAGUGAAUAUUGCUGAAUGUGUCGGCAUCAAAAAAGUUCCUCCGACAUUUGAAAAUGAAUAUUUUCCUAGUCUCCUGUCUGAAAAUGUAAAUUCUGCAUUGGGCGGUGGAGACAAGGAUGAUACCGCAUCAAAGAAAUACCAAACUUCAGUGAAAAAUGCUGAGUGCGACGUCAUCAGAAAAACCUCAGAUGAAAUGCUCUUUUUCAAGGCUGUUGUCAUUUCCUUUCUCGACAAUAUUGAUUUGCUCCCAAAGAACGGCGGAGAUGCUUCAUUUGAAAACGAUGAUAUUCUAAGUCUCGUGUCAGAAAAAGCCAAUUCUGCUUUGGGCGGUAAAGACAAGGACGAAGAUGAUGUUACAUUUGAAGACGAUGAUGUCCUUAGUCUUCUGUCAGAAAAGGCGAAUUCUGCUUUGGAUAUUGAAGAUAUGGAUGGCACCACAUCAAAGAAAUACCAAACUCCAGUAAAUAUUGCUGAAUGUGACGGCAUCAGAAAAGUUUGUUUAACGUUUGAAAACGAAUAUAUCCCUAGUCUCCUGUCCGAAAAUGUAAAUUCUGCAUUGGGCGGUGAAGAAAAGGACGAAGAAGAUGUUUCAUUUGGAAACGAUGAUAUCCUUAGUCUUCUGUCAGAAAAGAUCAAUUCCGUAUUGGACGGUGAAGACAAGGACGAAGAGGAUGUUACAUUUGAAGACGAUGAUAUUCUUCGUCUUCUGUCGGAAAAAGCAUAUUCUGCCUCAAGCGGCGAAGACAAGAAUGGCAUCACAUCAAAGAAAUACCAAACUCCAGUGAAUAUUGCUAAAUGUGACGCCAUCAGAAAAGUUCGUUCAACAUUUGAAAACGAAUAUAUCCUUAGUCUCCUGUCAAAAAAUGUAAAUUCUGCUUUAGGCGGUGAAGACAAGGACGAAGAGGAUGUUACAUUUGAAGACGAUGAUGUCCUUGGUCUUCUGUCAGAAAAGGUCAAUUCUGCAUUGGACGGUGAAGACAAGGACGGAGAGGAUGUUACAUUUGAAGACGAUGAUAUCCCUGGUCUUCUGUCGAAAAGGGCAAAUCCUGCUUCGAACGGCGAAGACAAGGGUGGCAUCACAUCAAAGAAAUACCAAAUUCCAGUGAAUAUUGCUGAAUGUGUCGGCAUCAAAAACGUUCCUUCUACAUUUGAAAAUGAAUAUUUUCCUAGUCUCCUGUCUGAAAAUGUAAAUUCUGCAUUGGGCGGUGGAGACAAGGACGAAGAAGAUGUUACAUUCGAAGACGAUGAUAUCCUUAGUCUUCUGUCAGAGAAGGCUAAUUCUGCAUUGGACGGUGAAGACAAGGACGAAGAGGAUGUUACAUUUGAAGACGAUGAUAUCCUUCGUCUUCUGUCGGAAAAGGCAAAUGCUGCUUCAAGCGGCGAAGACAAGGAUGGCAGAACAUCAAAGAAAUACCAAACUCCAGUGCAUAUUGCUGAAUGUGACGCCAUCAGAAAAGUUCGUUCAACAUUUGAAAGCGAAUAUAUCCCUAGUCUCCUGUCAGGAAAUGUAAAUUAUGCUUUGGACGUUGAAUACAAGGACGAAGAGGAUGUUACAUUUGAAGACGAUGAUGUCCUUCAUCUUCUGUCAGAAAAGGCCAAUUGUGCUUUGGAUAUUGAAGACAUGGAUGGCAUCACAUCAAAGAAAUACCAAACUCCAGUAAAUAUUGCUGAAUGUGACGCCAUCAGAAAAGUUCCUUCAACAUUUGGAAAAGAAUAUAUCCCUAGUCUCCUGUCAGAAACUGUAAAUUCUGCAUUGGACGGUGAAGACAAGGACGAAGAGGAUGUUACAUUUGAAGACGAUGAUAUACUCAGUCUUCUGUCGGAAAAGGCAAAUUCUGCUUUGAACGGCGAAGACAAGGAUGGCAUCACAUUAAAGAAAUACCAAAUUCCAGUGAAUAUUGCUGAAUGUGUCGGCAUCAAAAAAGUUCCUUCGACAUUUGAAAAUGAAUAUUUUCCUAGUCUCCUGUCUGAAAAUGUAAAUUCUGCAUUGGGCGGUGGAGACAAGGAUGACACCGCAUCAAAGAAAUACCAAACUUCAGUGAAAAAUGCUAAAUGCGACGUCAUCAGAAAAACCUCAGAUGAAAUGCUCUUUUUCAAGGCUGUUGUCAUUUCCUUUCUCGACAAUAUUGAUUUGCUCCCAAAGAACGGCGGAGAUGCUUCAUUUGAAAACGAUGAUAUUCUAACUCUCGUGUCUGAAAAAGCCAAUUCUGCUUUGGGCGGUAAAGACAAGGACGAAGAUGAUGUUACAUUUGAAGACGAUGAUGUCCUUAGUCUUCUGUCAGAAAGGGCGAAUUCUGCUUUAGAUAUUGAAGAUAUGGAUGGCACCACAUCAAAGAAAUACCAAACUCCAGUGAAUAUUGCUGAAUGUGACGCCAUCAGAAAAGUUUGUUUAACGUUUGAAAACCAAUAUAUCCCUAGUCUCCUGUCCGAAAAUGUAAAUUCUGCAUUGGGCGGUGAAGACAAGGACGAAGAAGAUGUUUCAUUUGGAAACGAUGAUAUCCUUAGUCUUCUGUCAGAAAAGAUCAAUUCCGUAUUGGACGGUGAAGACAAGGACGAAGAGGAUGUUACAUUUGAAGACGAUGAUAUUCUUCGUCUUCUGUCGGAAAAGGCAUAUUCUGCCUCAAGCGGCGAAGACAAGAAUGGCACCACAUCAAAGAAAUACCAAACUCCAGUGAAUAUUGCUAAAUGUGACGCCAUCAGAAAAGUUCGUUCAACAUUUGAAAACGAAUAUAUCCCUAGUCUCCUGUCAAAAUAUGUAAAUUCUGCUUUAGGCGGUGAAGACAAGGACGAAGAGGAUGUUACAUUUGAAGACGAUGAUGUCCUUGGUCUUCUGUCAGAAAAGGUCAAUUCUGCAUUGGACGGUGAAGACAAGGACGGAGAGGAUGUUACAUUUGAAGACGAUGAUAUCCCUGGUCUUCUGUCGAAAAGGGCAAAUCCUGCUUCGAACGGCGAAGACAAGGGUGGCAUCACAUCAAAGAAAUACCAAAUUCCAGUGAAUAUUGCUGAAUGUGUCGGCAUCAAAAACGUUCCUUCUACAUUUGAAAAUGAAUAUUUUCCUAGUCUCCUGUCUGAAAAUGUAAAUUCUGCAUUGGGCGGUGGAGACAAGGAUGACACCGCAUCAAAGAAAUACCAAACUUCAUUGAAAAAUGCUGAAUGCGACGUCUUCAGAAAAAACUCAGAUGAAAUGCUAUUUUUCAAGGCUGUUGUCGUUUCCUUUCUCAACAAUAUUGAUUUGCUUCCAAAGAACGGCGGAGAUGUUUCAUUUGAAAACGAUGAUAUUCUUAGUCCCCUGUCAGAAAAAGCCAAUUCUGUUUUGGACGUUGAAGACAAGGACGAAGAGGAUGUUACAUUUGAAGACGAUGAUGUCCUUAGUCUUCUAUCAGCAAAGAGCAAUUCUGCUUUGGAUAUUGAAGACAUGUACGGCAUCACAUCAAAGAAAUAUCAAACUCCAGUGAAUAUUGCUGAAUGUGACGCCAUCGGAAAAGUUCGUUCAACGUUUGAAAACAAAUAUAUCCCUAAUCUCCUGUCAAAUUCUGCUUUGGGCGGCGAAGACAAGGACGAAGAAGAUGUUACAUUCGAAGACGAUGAUAUCCUUAGUCUUCUGUCAGAGAAGGCUAAUUCUGCAUUGGACGGUGAAGACAAGGACGAAGAGGAUGUUACAUUUGAAGACGAUGAUAUCCUUCGUCUUCUGUCGGAAAAGGCAAAUGCUGCUUCAAGCGGCGAAGACAAGGAUGGCAGAACAUCAAAGAAAUACCAAACUCCAGUGCAUAUUGCUGAAUGUGACCUCAUCAGAAAAGUUCGUUCAACAUUUGAAAGCGAAUAUAUCCCUAGUCUCCUGUCAGGAAAUGUAAAUUAUGCUUUGGACGUUGAAUACAAGGACGAAGAGGAUGUUACAUUUGAAGACGAUGAUGUCCUUCAUCUUCUGUCAGAAAAGGCCAAUUGUGCUUUGGAUAUUGAAGACAUGGAUGGCAUCACAUCAAAGAAAUACCAAACUCCAGUAAAUAUUGCUGAAUGUGACGCCAUCAGAAAAGUUCCUUCAACAUUUGGAAAAGAAUAUAUCCCUAGUCUCCUGUCAGAAACUGUAAAUUCUGCAUUGGACGGUGAAGACAAGGAUGACACCGCAUCAAAGAAAUACCAAACUUCAGUGAAAAAUGCUGAAUGCGACGUCAUCAGAAAAAUCUCAGAUGAAAUGCUAAUUUUUGAGGCUGUUGUCAUUUCUAUUCUCGACAAUAUUGAUUUGCUUCCAAAGAACGGCGGAGAUGCUUCAUUUGAAAACGAUGAUAUUCUUAGUCUCCUGUCAGAAAAUAGCAAUUCUGCAUUGGACGUUAAAGACAAGGUUCGUUUAAGUAAAUUAAAUUGUAAUAUUUAA